AAAUUUGAGAUCCUACCGCUUCACCCUUCGUUAUCUCCCUCCCUCUCUCUUUCUCUCUGUCAUUCUCUCUCGGUGCUUCCUUUCUAUCGUCAGCAUCUCUCUAACAACAAGAGCGAGGGGAGAGAAAAAGAGAGAGAGAGAGAGAGAGAGAGGAAACCGAACAGAAGGGUCAAAACAAAGGAAAAAAAAGUAAAGGCGCCCCCCCUUCUCCUAGCCCCUUCCCUCCUCUCUCUCUCCCCCUCUGUCUCUAAACCCAACGCCAUUGCGACCACCAUCACCAACUCCUCCCUCUCUCUCUAAACCGCCACCGUCACCAACUCCUCUCUCUCUCUCUCUGUCGAUUUUGUCACUUCUAUCUCCAAUUAUUUCUCUCUGUGUUUCUUGAUUACGAUACAUCUAUCUCUAUUCGAUUUUCUUGUUGAAUUUUUGUUUUGUUUCUCGGUAUCCUGAUCCUUGAGUUCUUGAUAAUUCUUUUGUGUCCCCUAAAAAUAAAAUGUCGGAUACAUCGGGUCAAGUUUUGGGGCAAGAUCGUGUUAUUCGUCCGGGGACGUCGCUAUCGAUCACAUCCCUUUCCUAGUUUUCUUUUGUUGGUUUCUAUCCCCUCUUUUCUCCCGUACGUCCUAAUCGCUGUCUUGCGAGGAUCGGUCGGGUUUCGGCCUCCAAUUCUUUUUUGGGGCUACGAUUGUGAUGGUGGUUCGUGUUUUGGAUUUCCUUUCGGCGGUGGAAUUAGAGGCUGAGUCGCCUGGAAGGAGGGAGAUUAGGGUUCUUGGCGUGUCGGUGACGGGCGUGCUGUGAGGGAUCCUGAGUUUGGGCUUUUGACGUUGUUGUUCGUCAUUCAUGGGUAUAAUUUGCUAGUUCUUUGGAGAAUUCGGUGUUCUGCUCGCUGGUGUGGAUAAUUGGGUUUUUUCCGGCUGGGAUUCGAAGGGACAAGGUGUAGCGGAAAGAGGGCGUGUUUUGGUCCAGGUGUUCGUCUCGAAGAAUUUGGGCAAGGGUUCCGUUUCAUUUCGGAAGAUAUGGAACACGUGAUUGGUGGUAAGUUUCGGCUUGGCAGGAAGAUCGGGAGUGGAUCUUUCGGUGAGCUUUAUCUAGGUCUUAACAUUCAAACAGGAGAAGAAGUAGCUAUUAAGCUGGAAUCCGUGAAGACUAAGCACCCCCAACUUCAUUAUGAGUCCAAACUCUAUAUUCUUCUCCAGGGAGGGACGGGAAUUCCCAACCUGAAAUGGUUUGGUGUGGAGGGUGAAUACAACAUAAUGGUUAUUGAUCUUCUUGGACCAAGUCUUGAGGACUUAUUCAAUUAUUGCAAUCGAAAGUUCACCUUGAAAACUGUGCUGAUGCUUGCAGAUCAGUUGAUCAAUCGAAUUGAGUAUGUUCAUUCAAGAAGUUUCCUGCAUCGUGAUAUCAAGCCAGACAACUUCCUCAUGGGUUUGGGGAGGAAAGCAAAUCAGGUUUACAUAAUAGACUUUGGCCUGGCCAAAAAAUAUAGGGACCUCACAACUCACAAACAUAUACCAUACAGGGAAAAUAAGAACCUCACUGGAACAGCGCGCUAUGCCAGUGUUAAUACUCACUUAGGUGUAGGUGAGUCAAAUAUCGAUUUUUUUUUGGAUGUUGUCUUUUCUCCAUGUCUCACCUUCCUUUCUUAUCUUACAGAGCAAAGUAGGCGAGAUGAUCUAGAGUCUCUUGGUUAUGUGCUAAUGUACUUCUUGAGGGGCAGCCUCCCAUGGCAAGGUCUGAAAGCUGGAACUAAGAAGCAGAAAUAUGAUAAAAUAAGUGAAAAGAAGAUGUUAACGCCCGUAGAGGUUCUUUGCAAAUCUUAUCCAUCAGAAUUCAUAUCAUACUUCCACUACUGUCGGUCCUUGCGGUUUGAGGACAAGCCAGACUACUCGUAUUUAAAGAGACUAUUUCGUGAUCUCUUUAUCCGGGAAGGGUUUCAAUUUGAUUAUGUAUUUGAUUGGACAAUAUUGAAGUACCCUCAGAUUGGUUCAAGCUCAAGAGGCCGUCCAUCAGCAAAUGCUGGAAAAAGUGGUGCUGCUGCUGGUCCGUCAGCUGAGAGAACAGAAAGGACUUCAGUUGGACAGGAAAUUCGUGACAGAUUUUCUGGUGCAGUUGAGGCAUUUGCUCGGAGAAACAGUGGUGGUUUGGGUCCACAUACUGACCACUCCAAGCAAAAGGGUUUAGAAGAAAUGCCUCCAGGGUCGAAGGAUGCGGUAAGAAGCACAUUAAAAUUGGAGAAUUUAAAGAUAUCAGAUGCUGACAAAGGGCGUCCCUCAUCAUCCAGAAAUGGUAGCACCUCAAAGAGAGCAGUUGCAUCGAGCAGCAGGCCCAGCUCCUCAGGUGAUCCUGGUGAUUAUAGCCGUACAUCGCGGAGCAUCUCAGGCUCGGGCCGUCCAUUGUCAAUGCAACGUGUUCAACCUGGUCAUGAAGCAAAAUCCUCAAGCCUCUCCCGUAAUCUGGCACCAAGAGCCUCACGGGACGAUCUGAGGAACUUUGAGCUCCUUUCUGUAGGUGACAAGAGGAAGUGAAAAAGACAAAGCGGUGGUAAAAUUGCUGUAGCCUGUGAAGUGAAGUCCAAAAAGGCCCACUAUAAAUUUCUGAUAUUGCUCAAAAUUUGAGCAUAUAUAGCCUCCUGCAGUCUGUCUAUAGCUGUCUCUGCCUAAGAUGCUGGUUGACAUGUAUAUGAAAAAUUCAGAAGAUCCGACGCUGUACCCCUCACGGUUUUUCCUCCUGGGUAUUUCUGACAGGUGGAAACAAAGGGUUUUAAGACUACGACACCCUUGUGUUGAGGCGGGUCCAUUGUUCUGACGUGUGGACUUGUUGCCUUUUCUCUAAUUUUUGUUGUUUUUUUUUUCUUCCACGAGUAACUGUGACAUACUUCCUGUUACUAAUUCGUUGUUCUUAUAAUUGGUGAUGUUACCAUUACAAGGACCAGAGUCAUGCGACCAUUAUUAGACAGUUAAGGGGCAGCGACUGAUUCUAAAAACUUUGUUCUGUUCUUAUUGUAUUGUUCAAUAGAUUUAUGCAGUUGCCAGUC